CAGCUGAGUCUCAGCACCAACCUUCAGUCGGUCCGGUUCUUUCAGAGAAACUGUCGAGUUGAUCUUUGUGCAGCUUCAGGAUGUUUGGCUUCGUUUUAAGGGUGUCGUGGGUUUGUUUCCUGCUGUUCGGCGGCGGUGGAUGCUACCCUGCAAUUACAGGAGGUCAGAAAGGUUCUGGGAAGCAGACUCCCGGCCUCCCUGUGCAGCCUCAGUCUGCUGCCGGUGGACUCUCCAGUUCAGGUUCAGCUGCGGCGGCUUCAGGUCCCGUUUAUGGAGCUCAGCCUGCUGCUGGAGGCUCGACCGACGGCUUGUCUCCGUACGCUGCUGCUCCUUCAGCCGCCGACUCUGCUGAUGAAGACUCUGUUCCUGGUCUUCCCUGGGCCUCGUUCCCUGACCCGAGCAGCUGGAUGCCGUCUCGUGAGUUCCCGGACUUCAGCGUCUGGGACUCCAAUGCCGAGAUGCAGCGGAGCGACGCUGCGAGCAACACGUCCCCCGAGCUGCCGUCGUCCUACAUCGUCCAGAGCAGAAAUGGCUACCAGCGAAUGCACGAGUUCCUCAGCCACACGAAGUACGACCCAGAGUACGCCGCUCCUCCUCCUCCUCCUCCUCCUCCUCAGGUCUUUGACUCCGAGCCUGUCGAGGCUCCAUACUGGUCUCCACCAGAGACCGGGUCCAAAGGAGGACGCAAGGCCUAACAUGGUGCAGCUGAACUCCCGAAACUCUGGAGCAAAGUGCAUUUAAUAAAAAACAAUAAAGAUAAUAUGUUCUGUCA